ACGCACCACCGUCAUCCUGGCCAUGGACUUUGAAUACUCUCCCCACCGUUCAGCUGGAGGAACUCUUCACCUGCUCUCGCCGACACAUCCCCAAUACUCUAUCGACGCGUUUCCAUCCAUCAAGCAGAUCCGCCGUUCCCUAUCGCGUUCUCCCUCGAAGCCGUCGCGUUACCAUCUUGUCUCCAGGUCUCCGAAGAAGUCUCCUCCACGCUCUGGGCUGUCGCGUGCAUUAAGUGCAAACACUGGUGCCGAUUCUUCUCUCAAAAACAAGUUAUUGCUACGACGAAACGCGCCAGUUCGCGCCAAUGCGCGCAAGGAAACGCCGCACACUUUGAGACGCGCUUUGAGUGACGCCAGCAGCCAAGCAAACACUGUAACCAUGGAACUUACCCAACAACCUACUCCCGGCGACCAGGAGAACUCAUAUCUAACUUCGCCCACUUCGAGGCAUCUGGAAGUGCCCCGCGAUGCUCGGUUUGAAGUCGACGAUGAACCUAUCAAAUUCGACUUCCUCAAAGGUCGCAACAGCCUAUCACUGGCCUUGAAUGGAACUCCGGCGAAAUCUAGUCCGCUCAAACGCAGCGAUGGUGUCAUGAACCUCGAUCAGGUCAAUCUUGGUAGUCCCAGAGCCAAGCGACGAAGCUUGCACAGCGCCUCUCUCGGUGUUGACUUCGAUGUCUUCGAGCAAGCCUUUGAGAGUGCCAACAAUGGGUUCAGUGAUGAUGAGCCUACGCCUGUGUCUCCUGUGCGUCAACGAUCUCCCCAGCGUAACAAGCCUUUCAGCCUCAGAAGGACUACACUCCAGCAACGAGCAGUUGGUGCACCUCGCGCCAGACCUUACUCAGAUCUGAGCGAGUCUCCAAGCGGCCACAACAAGGCACGCGCCAGAAUGUCUCUUGAUGGCUCGUUGCCCCUUCGUGGUCUGGAGCCCUCGAUUCAUCUUCCUCCCCCAGAGCAGAAGGCCCGUCAAGUCUCGGUGAGGACACGCCACGCCUAUCACCCAAGAAGCCACAAUUUGCCAAACCUUACCCCGGCUUUUCCAAGAGUUUGCCCANUUGGUGCGCUCAGACCAAAGCCGCACACCGACUCGAGCGGCUCGAGCGAUUCGUUCGAGACGCCGGAAGCCUUCAAGAUGGCAAAGCCAUUGCCACAAGCUUUCAUGUCGACCGGCUUGAUCUCUAAGCGUAAUCGAAAUGUCGACCUUCCCCAGUCUUCAUUCGGUAGCAGCAUGAACAUGCCCGAUACACCUUCGAAGAAGACCAUUCUACNNCCUCAUCUCGGUGGUGGCACCCCAGCUCCAGCAGCCAACUUUGGCAAGUUUUCUCGCCCACUACACGAAUUUGGAUCGCCAACGACUCCAUGGAGCCCGCACCCUGUCCAAGCGUCUCCUGAGUCAUUUGGUAAAGGAGUGAACAUCUUCGGUCUUGGUUGCUCUUCUGGGAAGUCAAAUCGACGCAGCAGCUUCCUUAGCAUCACCGACGAAGACUUGAACAAGUCACCCCUCGGUCAUAUGGAUGUACAAGCAAGUGGUGACGAGAUGCCACCGACUCCUACCAAAGCCGCCUCUUCUGGUUCCACAACCAUUCGACCAACAUCCAAGGGCAAAGGAAACAGCCUGCGAAGCUCUUUGUUUGGACGCAGAUCAUCAAUUGCCCCUGAUACCUUCAACCCUCCGAACUUUGAGGAACAGCAGCCAGCCAAUGACUGUAAGUAUAUUUCCUCAACUACUCCUUCUUCGGAGUCAAAGAUACAUGAAACUUCGACUCCAUCUCUUACUAUCACACCAUGUGGCUCGCCAUCUUCUCCUUCCUUUGAACAAGCUAUGAGCCUUAGGCAGUCUCAUCGCAAAUCUUGCCCAUCUCCUCUUACUCUUCGGUGCCGGGAAUUUCCUUCUNUUUCUUCUUCUUCUACCUCAUCUGCAGGAGAUGCUGAAGCAAAGCAACUAUUAGCAGUCACGCCAUCCAGCUCGAGCUUUACGGAUGCAAAUCUUCCACCAAAGACUCCUCAGGAGAGCUUCACCCCACCAGAUCCCAGCGGUCUGUCUAUCUCUGGCGAGCACCGUGGGCCAGCUCUGUUUAGUAUGAGCGGUCUCCAAAGCUCGAACAGUUUCCCACCCGCUACCCCUACUGGACCAAGAGACUCAGGACUCAACUUUGGCGGAAGCAUCAGACCUGGCGCAUUUGGAGCAUCAGUUUCGGGCUUCUUCGCAAACGAUGUCGAUACAGCACUCACUUCUCGGUUCGAAAGUGUCCAGGCCAUUGGUGUUGGAGAGUUUUCUCAGGUUUUCCGCGUCUCGAAACCUGUCGCUGGAAGCCCGGCUGCUCGUCACGAAUUCACACGCAAGCUUGGAAACGUUUGGGCUGUUAAGAAGUCGAAGAAGCCCUAUCUCGGUGUCAAGGACCGCGAGAACAAGAUGAGGGAAGUUCAUGUUCUCCAAGCCCUUCGUGGUAAUGAACAUAUCCUUGAUCUCUGCGAUUCGUGGGAGUCGAAGAAUCACCUUUACAUUCAAACCGAAUUUUGCGAAAACGGCAACCUCAAAGACUUCCUCACUCAGACCGGGUUCAAGGGUCGAUUGGACGACUUCCGCAUCUGGAAGAUCUUGCUCGAAAUGUCUCAGGGCGUUAAGUGCAUCCAUGAUGCUGGAUUCAUCCACCUUGAUCUCAAGCCAGCCAACGUGUUGAUUGACUGGGAAGGAGUCUUGAAGAUCGCAGACUUUGGUAUGGCGACAACAUGGCCUGCACCAAGACACAUUGAGGGCGAGGGUGACCGCGAGUACAUCGGUCCAGAAGUGCUUUCUGGCAAGUUCGACAAGCCUGCCGACAUCUUCUCUCUAGGCAUGAUUAUGCUUGAGAUUGCUGGAAACAUUGUUCUUCCCGACAAUGGCUUGCACUGGCAAAGACUGCGAAGCGGUGACCUCAGCGACGUGCCUAGCCUCACCUGGAGUUCUGAAAACAGCCUUCCAAGAUAUGAGUCUGGCGAGCCUAUGGUGGACGACAAUGAGGAAACUAUCCGAUUCGACGACGACAUGGAUUUGGGUAACCAGCCUACCGUGACUGGUCACCGAAGAAGGGAGUUGGCUCAACCGCCCAACUUCAUGAUUGAUCCCAACGACAGCGAGGCACUUGACAAGGUUGUUGAGUGGAUGAUCUGCCCGUCUCCAGAACAGAGACCGGUGAUCGACGAACUCCUAAGCUGCGGUGGCGUCGAGUGGGUCGAACAAAGAAGACGCGCAGGAGCCACAGUCUAUGAGGGCAACUGGGGACCAGCAGAUGAUGUCCUCAACGCUGGUCACGACAUCGACAUGGUUGACAUC